AUGGAGCAAGCGGAUGAUGAGGACGCGACGAAAGAUGACGAUAUGAAGAAUCAGGCAACGAAUGAGACAAACGAAUCUGAACAAAACGAGAGCAAAAGUGAUGAUACUGAUGCUCAAAAUAAGCAGAAUUCAAGCAAAAGUAAAUCGGAGCAACAGCAAACGCCAUCUGAGAAAACGGAUAACGAGCAGCAGGAUAAGACUGAUGAAACGAAGGCAACGGGUGAGAAGAAUGAUGAGAAAGAAAGGAAGAACGAAGCAAUGAAAAAAUUGGCCACGGAAUUGGAGCGAAUGGAAACAGAUGCGGUUCAAGAGGGACUCGAUGACGAUGACAAAGAGCAAGAGGAAAUAGCCGAGGAGAAUCGUGAAGAAAACAAUUUUACCACUCAAAAU